AUGUCUGAUGAAACUGCGGAGCCGACCGAAGGUGGUGAAAUUGAGCGCAGAACACAGUCAACUUUCGACCGCAGCAAUGGUAACGUAACGGAGCACCUGAGUGCGAGCGGUGCUCGGGUGGAACGAUGGUACGAGAAAAUUUCCGUCGAACCCUCGAUGUUCCUGUACAUGAUGGCGUUCAUGCUGACGUCGGUGGUGGAGCAAGCGUUCUUUCUCUACAAAGCGUGCACGGUCGAUCAUGGAUAUUCGCAUGAAAUUUGCAUCAACAUCGAGCAGUACCAGGACAUUAAAAAGCAAGUGCAGGUGACGACUUCCACCUUCCAUCAGUGGAACAACAUUGCGAUGUAUGUGGUGCCGAUCGUGCUGGCCCUGUUUCUCGGUGCCUGGUCGGACAGGCGUGGCCGCAAGUUGCCGCUGAUUCUGGGGCUUAUCGGUAAAUUCCUCUACUCCGUCAUGAUCGUGGUGAACACUCGUAUGCCGUCGUGGCCGGUAGAAUACAUCAUCUACACAGCGACGCUCCCGAGUGUACUGACCGGCGCUGAUAUAGCCAUCUUUGCAUCGUGCUUUGCCUACAUCUCGGACAUUACAACCGUGGAGGAACGUACGCUGCGGAUCACGAUACUGGAUGCAACGUACCUUAGCACAAUGCCGAUCGGUGUCGCCCUGGGCAAUGUGAUCUUUAACCACACGGGAAAAUCGUACACCAUCAUGUUCGCCAUCAAUGCAUCGCUGCUGGCGUGCUCUAUUAUAUACUCAGCGCUAAGGCUUAAGUCACGCACUACCGAGCGCCAGUGUUCGAUCCGCGAGCUGCCCUGGUAUCGUAUGCCGUUGGACUUUUUCGACCGGCAGCAUGUGGUACGAUCGGUGCGGACAUUCGUACGGCAUCGCACCAUGCAUCGUCGCACCUACAUGUACCUGCUGAUGGUGGCCAUGUCGUUCUACACGUUCCAGCGCGACGAAAAGCCGAAAAUGUAUCUGUACACGCAGCUACGCUUCAACUGGGAUACGGAUCUGUACAGCUACUUCAAAACGUACCAAUCGGCCGCGUAUGUCGUGAUGAUGUUUCUAGGAGUGCCAUUGUUCACGAAGGUGCUCGGGCUGAAGGAUACGCUUAUCAUCAUGAUUGGCGCGUUGGCACAUGCCAGCGCACGGUUCGUGUACAUCUUUGCGCAGGUCGGAUGGGUGCUGUACAUCGGUGCGACCAUCUCAAGCGUCGGUCCCGUCGUAGCGCCCGUACUCCGUUCGAUGAUUUCGAAGAUGGUGCCCACAACCGAGCGGGGCAUCAUAUUUUCCUUCCUGUCCGUGUUCGAUAAUGCGGUACCGUUGUUUAGCGGUGUGCUCUACACGCAGGUGUACAACGCAUCGAUCAAUACCUACCCGCAGGCGAUCUUUCUGCUCACGAUGGGCACCCAGAUGGUUGUGUUCUUUAUUGCACUCGCAAUACACAUUUCCCUCCGCGGACGUACGAUGGAGGAUGGCGUACCGAGUGAAAAACCCCCAGGCACCGGGCUGAUCGAUGAAGCGAAAGCGCCAGCGAUCGACGAUGAAGCACCGGCCGUUUCUCAAUCAUAG